AUGAGUCUUAAGACUGUGACAGCCCUCUAUCUUUUGGUGGCGUCUGCCAUCUUUAACGUCAUCGGCUUCUCCAGCCCUUACUGGUUAACUGGUAACAUUGACGUGUUCGGGCGAGUCUGGUACGGCCUCUGGUUAACUUGCUACGAUAUUCUUGAGGACUGUAUCAAUACGGACCAGGCCAACCAGUUUGGCUGGGAAAAGGGCGUAGCUGCCAUGGAAAUACUCGGCUUCAUGGCAUUGGUUGCAUCAUGCUGUUUUUUGUUACUGGCAUUUUUAUUCUGUCAUAGCCGACAGAGUCUGUUCACCAUACUUAGUGGAUCAUUCGCCAUAGCUGCAGGCGUGUUUAUGUUCAUUGGAGUGAUUAUCUUUGGUGCUGAAUUCGACAACACUAUCCUGACGCUGUCGUGGGCGUUCGUCUUGGUUCUUAUUUCUGCAUUAACAAGUAUAGCAUCUGGAAUCCUGUUAAUAGUAGAGUUUAAAUCUGCCAAGGUGAUAUCCAUAUAA